AUGGGAAGUUUGGAAAUCACUACUAGCACUACUAUAACAAGUACUACCUCAGUGAACAUUUCGUUGGAAUUUCGUGAAAAUAUAAGCAACAUGCAUCAGCCUGCAGUAUUACAUCGUUAUGAGGUCAAUUCGUCUGUUGAUUCUCUUAACUUACCUAAUGUGUCCAGUGCUAUGGAAUCAGGAAAUAUCACCAACGUCACCGAGACCGAAUUUUCCAUGGGUUUGUCAGAAGAGUCCCUAAUUGUCCUGAUGGUGCUGUAUUCUAUAACUACCAUUCUGUCCAUCGGGGGUAAUUCUCUUGUGGUUUUAGUCUUCGUAAAGGGCCGAAGGUCCAGAACGGAUCUUAGAUUAUUCUUAAUCAACCUAGCGGCUGCGGACCUAGUUAUGGCCGUAUUUUGCAUGCCUUUCACGUUCGCAGAUACCAUUUUAGGACAUUGGGUUUUUACUAAACCUAUGUGUCCUAUUGUCUUGUUCAUGCAAUUGUUUUCUGUAGCGGCCAGUGUGUUCACCAAUAUGGCGAUCGGAGUUGAUCGUUUUAUGGCCGUAAGUUUUCCCUUAAAAUCUAGAAUUACUUAUAGACGGGCAAAAUAUGUGAUUGUGAUAAUAUGGCUGUCGUCGAUACUUUUGUCUACCGUCAUGUUGGCGGUCGGGAGGGGUAUUGACGAUGGGUCCGGCAAUGUAAAGUGUAUGGAACUUUGGCCGAUACCUGAACAACGGAAAACAUUCACCAUCUGUGUUCUCCUGUUUACCUACAUAAUGCCACUUUCUAUCCUUUUAAUUACUUAUUCAAUAGUUGGAAUUUUACUCUGGAAAAGAACAACACCUGGGAAUAAACAUGCUCAUCGUGACAUGCAUCAGCUCCGAACUAAAAUAAAGGUGGUGAAAAUGUUGGUCAUUGUUGUGGUGAUGUUUGGCAUAUGUUGGUUGCCUAUCCACGCCUUCACGCUGUUUAUAGACUCUCAUCCAGAACUCCUAGCAACAAAUGAGGAUAUCCAGUUCUUUAUGGGAAUUUAUCUCACCGCCCAUUGGCUUGCUAUGUCAAAUAGCUUCGCUAACCCGAUCAUUUAUGGUUUUACAAACGCCAGCUUCAGGGCCGACAUGGCAGUUCUCCUCAACAAGUGGUUUCCUUGUUGUUUCUGCUUCAAACAUAUGAUGACAAGGACAUAUAGUCUCUCAAACUAUGACAGCAUUAUCUACAGGAAACAUACAGUGAUCAGAGGCGGAAGUAUGAAAAACAGUACGGGCUCAACAGACUCUUUUAAACGCUCAAGACCCGUACAGUACGUUGGGGAUCAACGUAAAGAGUUUCAAGGGUUCAGAAGAACUAGAUCAGAAAUGCACGUGAAAAGAAUAACAGUGAAUGGUGUACAGAAUGGACACGUCUACUCGUUCAAAACUCCGUCAACCUAAUCCAACGGAAGUUCACAGAAGUAAUGAUUGAAAUAUGGUGAUAUAUAUUCUGUAACAGCGAACAGUAGAUAUUCAAACUUGAAUGAUUUUAUUAAGUCUAUAGCGCCCAUUCCACCUGAAUUUAUUUUUUCCGCAUGUGAUAUAUCUUUUUUAUGAUUAACACUAUUUCAUAUGUAAAAAAAAAUCGAACAAUCAAUUUUUUUUCUUCGUCUUCUAUUUUCUUUGUAGUCUGAGUAAAAUAGAAGGCAACCCCAGUUUCUUCACAGAAUCUGACGUAAAUCUAAUUUGAUAGACCAUGAUAUCGUUAGUUUAUAGCCUUUAAAACAAGUCCGAGUUUUAGAUCGGAUAUACCUAGUUUCUUUGUAGACAAAGCAAAACUCCUACUCAACGGAUGUAGACGUGUUUAUAAAUUUGACUAAAAUGUUUACCCAGACGCCUGACAUGGAACGUAUCAAAAACAUGUAAUGGAAAAAACGUUAUCCUUAAAAAAACUGCUUUUGUUCCUCGUCUUUUUCUUCAUUUUGGCCACUCUUCAUAAAAAUAGGCAUUCCCACUUUGUUUCUACGAUCCUAUAGGAUAGACUGACAUAAAGUGUAUUCAGCACCAUCAAACUCAGAUGUUUCGAAGUAAUGGAAGAUGUAACAUUAAGUUUGUACUGUAUUUUACAAUGGGAAAGGUUAAGAAGCUUUUCUUAACGCUCAGAAAUUCAUAAAUAACCAAGUGAGCUUCUCUUGCACUAGUCCAUGGUGAGAAGAAUUGUGCAAUAUAUAUUGUAAGAUUUCAUAAUGAUAUAUAGACCUCUAAGUCUCCUCGGCUAGGUGUUGUUAGGAGACUAAUUAGCCACGAUUUCGGUGAAUUCUUGUUUUAGAGCCCGUUUCUUUAAUGGAAGCAGUCAUCAUUAGGUCAUUUACUUUCCUACAUCAAAGACGUUAUGAACCAUAAAUAUCACAGAUACUAUCAACAAAAUGAAAUAUGUAACACACAAACAGAGUAGUAAAACGUCUCCUUUUAGAUCCUACACGUCCAUCACCUGUAUGUGUGUACUUUGUAGUACAGGGCCUUGACCAGUGUUCGUAAAAUGUGCAUUGUAUUGUAAAUAUGUUUUGUCUGUUGCUAUUUUAUUGAGCAUGUCCCUUACCUUGCGUGUUUUAGAUAUACCGUUUGUCUAUUACCCUGUGUGUUUUAGAUAUAUCGUCUGUCUAUUACCCUGUGUGUUUUAGAUAUAUCGUCUGUCUAUUACCUUGUGUAUUUUAGAUAUACCGUCUGUCUAUUACCCUGUGUGUUUUAGAUAUACCGUCUGUCUAUUAUCAUGUGUGUAUUUAGAUAUACCGUCUGUCUAUUACCCUGUGUGUUUUAGAUCGUCCGUCUGUCCAUUACCUUGUGUGUAUUUAGAUAUACCGUCUGUCUAUUACCUUGUGUGUAUUUAGAUCGUCCGUCUGUCCAUUACCUUGUGUGUAUUUAGAUAUAUCGUCUGUCAAUUACCUUGUGUAUUUUAGAUAUACCGUCUAUCUAUUACCUCGUGUGUAUUUAGAUCGUCCGUCUGUCCAUUACCUUGUGUGUAUUUAGAUAUAUCGUCUGUCAAUUACCUUGUGUAUUUUAGAUAUAUCGCUUGUCCAUUACCUUGUGUGUUUUAGAUAUACCGUUUGUCUAUUACCUUGUGUGUUUUAGAUAUAUCGUCUGUAUAUUACCUUGUGUGU